CCGAAACGACAGAAGCGACGGGUUGGGCCGGCGGUCUACAACGUGUGACCUGCCCGAUGUCGCAGGGAUGAACGAGCCCGCGCAUAUCAACGCAUAUUCCACUGUGUACGAUCUAACGAGAGGGCUCUGACAUGUGACCAGACCGGAGUGUGCAUCGUUCCGGGGUGCGACCGUCCGUCCAUCCAGCAGCAAGUUCCUGCAAAGACUUCCGUGGUCAACCACGUGACGAUUUUGCGUAGCCGAAUGUCGUGGAGCUAAGUGACGCAUGGCUAGAUAAGGAACUUGUCCGACUUAGGGAACUGGGAGGUAUGGCUUUGCCGCGUUUCUCCUUGAAGAGAUACUUUUUCUACGUGCUAUGUCUGACGGGCACAUUGAUCGUUCUGCUAAAUCUCCUACGAGAGGACGAAAUAUGGCACAGCAUGCGACCACAUCCCGGUCAGCCACAGGCUGUUCGAGUUACCGGCGACAUGCCGAAGAUGAAACUCGAUUGGCCUUUGAAAUCGAAGAAGCCGACGAUGCGAGUAUUACGUACUCGGGAGCGAGUGAGGAAAAGACUUUCGUCCGAGGUAUUAAAUAUAAAUGGUACUGCGAGCUUGGGCGAAAACUCAAUAGACCAAGACCCAUCGCGAAGACCUUGGUACAUGAAAGGAGGAACAAGAAGACCUUAUCCGGCGAUAAGAACUCGCAAUACUGGCCGAAGAUUGGCUCAAUUGUGGCCGGAGGAAGCUGCUUACGAUGAUCGUGUGACUAAUCAGCUUAUGUUCGUGCCACCUGAUUACAACAAAACAGGCAGUGAGCAUCAUCCAUUGAAAAAAAUAAUGAUUCCUCACGGGAUGGCCGAAGCCAAAAUCGGUCCUGACAUAUUCUUCCAACAACGCUGCCCGGUGAAUACUUGCACGAUCGUCCGCGACAAUCCGGACGACGCCGAUCUCAUUCUAUUUAAGGAUUACAUCACGCACGUGGGACGAAGGUCUUACAAUCAGGUGUGGAUGCUGUAUUUUUUAGAAUGUCCUUAUCACACGCAAAGCGUAAAGAGCGCUCUUAUCAAUUGGACUGCCACAUAUCGGCGCGACAGUGACAUAGUGGCACCUUACGAAAGGUGGCAAUAUUAUGAUUCGAGUAUCACACAGAUCCCACAAACAUUUAAUUAUGCAGCAAACAAAACAAAGAAGGUCGCCUGGUUUGUUUCCAACUGCCAUCCCCGAAAUCAGCGUAUGCAUUAUGCCAGGGAACUCUCGAAAUACAUCCAAGUGGACAUUUACGGUGCGUGCGGCAGCCUGCGUUGCCCGCGAUCGCAGUCGCAAACAUGCUUCGACAUGCUCGACGAGGACUACAAAUUCUACCUCGCGUUCGAGAAUUCCAACUGUAAAGACUACAUCACGGAGAAGUUCUUUGUUAACGGACUCGGGCACAAUGUUUUGCCAAUCGUGAUGGGGGCUCAUCCGACGGAUUACGCGCGCAGCUCGCCGUACCGUUCUUAUAUCCAUGUAGACGAAUUCGAGUCGCCGAAAGAACUCGCUGAAUAUCUGCAUCGACUGGACCGCGACGACGACCUGUACAAUUCAUAUUUUCGCUGGAAGGGUACCGGCGAAUUCAUCAACACGUAUUUUUGGUGCCGGGUGUGCGCCAUGUUACACGAUGACCGUCCACCAAAGUAUUACAAGGAUGUGAACGAAUGGUGGCGAGGGGACGGCGUGUGCACGACUAACUCAUGGCGAGAACACGACCUCGCACGUCCACAGAAUACUUGAGGAUAAAUCGCCCCGAGGAUUCGUUUAAAAGGCUCUUCCGGCAGCCACGGGGAGAUCCGUGCGUGUGUGCGUGCGUGCGUCCGCCCAUGACACGUUGCUCAAUUUCUACAAACGAUUCCGAUUCUUCCAAAACAGAACAUUGCCUGAGUCCGAAAGAUGACCGGAAACUUCAGAGAACGUGGUAUUGUGCUGUCACGUUCAAGAGGGUGGCUCGAGACGGUUCCCGACCACCCGUAGAUGUUGAGCCAAUCAUAAAUAAACCCAUACAACACAUUUUAUUCCAGAGAUGUUUCUCAAAAUGUUGGGAUGUUCUCAGGAUGUUCUUCAGAAUGUUCUUUAGACAUCUGUGCUGUAUGGGAAGUUCCGAAACGAGAUCCCGGCAGGGCGCGAAAAGAUGCGUGACCUCGCAUGACCUCGUUUCGCGUACACUCGAGCUGUUUUGAAGAAGGUAUUAAUAAGACCCUGGUCAUGCGACUUUUCAUCACACGGCUGUUUUUAGAGGCGCUCGAAAAGCUACGACUCGAUGAUAUGAAGUUUCGCGCAAGUAAACUAUCUACGAAGUGGCUUUUACUCGGCGAUUGAGACGCGGAUAAACGAUGAGAUACAGGAAAAUCUUUCAAGGUCUAAAUGAGAAUGUUUGCUCGCGAGAAGGGUCACUCGCGAAUUUUUUCGAGGGGGCAAUCUGUGUGCCUAAUUGUCGAAUCUUCCAAAAUAAUGUUUCUAUACACUUCUUUUUUGGACGAUAAACAGAGAAGGUGAUUUUAUGAGGACAGCCACAAUCCUUGAGAGGUCACUUUACUUAUAUCAUGAUGGAACUCAUUCGGGGACAAAAUUUUGCAAUGUUCAUACAAAUUUAAGAACAAAUUCAAAUAGGCAUAUGAAAGGCGCCGUAAAAUAUAAUACGUAUUAUGAGAAUAAAGAGAAUUAUAUACGUUUGACUUUAGAAGAUUCUCGCUACAUAUUUAGUAUUAAAUUAUCUGUGAUCCUAAGUUUUAUCUGUACAAUUUAAUAAACACGAUACACACUUUAAAUGAAGAAUUAGGAUCACGUUUGCUAUUAAAUGUGCAAUGAGAAUAGUCUUUGUAUACGGGGGAGUAUAAAUCACCGGAUGUCUUUCAACUACAUGUACUAGAGAACCAG